AUGGAAUCACCCACGUCGUUUGCAAUCCCAAUUCCCUUAAAAGACAGUAAUGCGAGUCAUCUCAAAAGUUUACGUCGAUUUUCGAUUGAAGUUUGGAAUUUAACGCAAAAUUGGGGCGAUUACUCGUCAAAAUGCGCAAAAGCUCUGGAGCAAAUUGUGAAUGCUCGCCUCCAAAUUAUGUACUCAAAAACCGCCGACGAGAAAUUGAGCGAUGAUGAGAAGCUGCGUCUCGAAGCGAAAAUUCUAAAGAGCAAUGACGAAUUGAAUUCGAAUCUGGACGGUUUGGAAAAAGUCAUCGGCAAAUGCAGCACGGCGCAGCAACGAAUAGCCGCGUGGAAGCAGCUGACGGCAACCAGUAGUUCGAAAGAAGAAAAGAAUAUCGUUGAAACACUUGAAGAAACCAUUCCGACGAUUAUUCGAAUGUUCCAAAGAGAGCUCGACGCCAAGAAAUGCGGACUGCGCGACAUUGCUGAAAAUGAGAAUCGAAGCGUUUACACCGUUGUAUUGUUGGCAUUUAAACAUGAGCCGUUCAUUGAUACCAAUUAUUUAUCGAAAUUGUACGCCAUUGUGGCGAAUGAAGAUCUCGUCGAAAUUAAUUGCACGGAAUUCUCGUCGGAUGACGAACUCAUCAAUGUAUUAGUCGCUGAGAAUGCCAAACUAUCAUAUUGGAUUGAAGCGGCGCUCAUUUAUUAUCGCCACAAAAGGUAUUCAACAUUUCUCUACGUUCUUGAAAAAGCUGGAACACUCGCCGGUCUUGAAUAUGCCGGAGUUCAAACGGAUCAGAUGAGGGCGCUGGAUAUUCUGGCAGCAUAUUGGAUGGAUCAGGGAUACAAGGAAAAGAACAAAGAGAAACGCUAUGAUUUGUUCAAUAAAGCGACGGUUCUGUUCAACACCGCCGACAAAAUCUCGAUGUACGAGUGGUCGCAUUUAACCGUUCGUGCGUGGUUCUUCCUCUAUGAGAAGGAGCAGCGAGAGAAUAAGCUUCUUCUGGCUGAUCAGCAGUUUAAUUUCGUCAUAAAAACUCAACCUAAAAAUUGUCUAUCGCUUAUCGGAAAAGCGGUUGUUUCAUACAAUCGCAAAGAUUUCAAGUCAGCUGUUUACUAUUUCAGAAAGGCAAUUCGAAUGUGCCGACAUUCAGUAGCAGAUCUACGGGUUGGAUUGGGCUAUUGUUUCGCGAAAUUGAAUAAACCUGAUAAAGCCAAAUUGGCUUUUGAGCGAGCCCUGGAACUUGAUGAGAACAAUGUUUCAGCGAUGUGCGGACUUGCAAUUCUUCACUUGAACACACUCGAACCGGAGCUUUUUAAGUCGGCAAUUCAAUUGUUCGGAAAAGCUUAUCAAAUCCAUCAAGAGCAUCCGGUUGUUCUUAUACACCUCGCCAAUCAUUUCUUCUUCAAACGGGAAUAUGAUCGCGUUCAUCAGCUGGCUUGGCAUGCGAUGCAAACCACUGAAAGUGAGGAGAUCAAAGCAGAAGCUUGCUAUCAAGUCGCCCGACUCAAGCAUGUUCAGCGGCAAUUUGAUACAGCCUUUCAAUAUUAUUAUCAAGCUAAAACUUUGAACAAUGGAGAACUCACUAUUGCAUAUUUCGGGCUUGGUCAAAUGCAUAUUUAUCGUAAUGAGCUCGUUCAGGCUAUUGAAGCAUUCGAGGUUGUUCACCGACGAAUGCCGAAUAAUAUGGAAACUGUUAAAAUUCUGGGCUCACUUUAUGCUCAUACAACUUUUACUGAUUUAAACGAGCAAGCGGCUGCUCGUCAGAAGGGUCGCGAUCUACUUUUGAAGUAUUUGGAGACAAUUCCAGACGACAUCGAAGUGUGCAUUGAUUUGGCGCAACUUCUCGAAUCUGUCGAUGCGCCGAAAUCGUUGCAUUUGUACGAGACUGCCAUCGAUUUGCUGAAGACGGUCGAAGACAUCGAUCCGCAACCCGAAAUGCUCAAUAACGUCGGAGCACUUCAUAUGCAGCUGAAUGAUUUUGAGAAGGCGAAAAAAUAUUUCGAAUCGGCAAGAGAUCGAUUAUUGGAAAUGAUUGAAACACAAGAAAGAGAUGAAUCGGAACGGGUCCAGUUGCUCACGAUCAGAUACAAUUUGGCGAGAUGCUUGGAGCAUUUGUGUCGGACCACCGAAGCCGAACAAAUGUACAGGGAAAUCACAAAAGAAUGCCCGAAUUAUACCGAUUGUUACAUGCGGCUGGGUUGUCUCACUCGCGAUCGCGGACAGAUCUAUGAUUCGUCGGUGUGGUUCAAAAACGCGCUGCAGUACGAUCAGACAUCGCCGGAUGCGUGGACGCUUAUCGGCAAUUUGCACAUGUCGAAGAAUGAAUGGCAACCGGCGCAGAAGAAAUUCGAGCACAUUUUGCAGAAAUGCGAGAACAAGACGACUGACGCCUACUCAUUGAUUGCCCUUGGAAAUGUUUGGCUCGAACAGCUCAUGACGCCGAAUCAUAAGAAGGAAGACGAGAAAAAGUAUAUGGAUCGAGCGUUGGCGAUGUAUCAGAAGGCGCUCAAAUCGCAACCAAGGAAUUUGCUGGCAGCCAACGGAAUUGGAUGUGUGUUGGCUUUCAAGAAGGCUUGGAAUGACGCGAGAGACGUUUUCUCGCAGGUUCGCGAAGCGACGAGCACAUUCCUUGACGUUUGGAUCAAUAUUGCGCACGUUUACAUGGAAAGAGAGCAAUAUAUGCCGGCGGUGCAAAUGUACUCAUCGGCGAUGAAAAAGUUCAACCGCGAAAAUGAUCCGGCGAUUCUUCACUAUCUCGCAAAAGCCUACUAUCGGGCGGGAAUGGUCGAAGAAGCGAAGGAAACUCUUGAAAAGACGCUUCUCGAAGCUCAGGAUAACAUUCUUGUCAAGUUUAAUUAUGCGGUUGUUAUGAAGAGAAGUGCCAAGAAUGUUUUGAGGCAGCUUAAGAUGACAUCGGAUCAAGUGAAAAACGCGAUUUCUGAUCUGAAAUUCUCCGAACGAAUAUUCAAAUACAUAUCGAAGAAUGAUGAUUUAUCACUUCCUGGUGCGAAAUUAUUGUCGCGUACGAUAUGCGGGGAAGAAGCUCAGAAUUGUCGUGAUCUUCUGACGCAGGCGAAUCAGAAGCUUGAAGUGGCCAUGGCGCAUGAUGAGGAAGAGAGGAAGUUGAAGCAGAAGCAAGAGGAGGAGAAGGAGGCGCUCCGAAGGAAAAUGAUGGAGGAAGCGCGACGAAAGGAGGAGGAAGAGAGGCAGAAGCUCGAAGCGGCGAAGGCGUUGAGAUCGACGUUCGUCGAGAUGACGAAGGACAUAAUGAGACUGCCACAGGUUGUCGAGGAGAAAAAGAGCAGAUCUGGAAGGAGGAAGAAGGGCGAAGAUGGCGACGAAUUUGUCAAUGACAGUUCCGAUUAUGGUGUGCAUUAUGGCGAUGGUGAAGGCGGUGAAGAGGGUGGAGAGCGAAGGAAGAAGGAUAAAGCUGCUCGAAAGGCUUCUAGGAAGCGGCGAGAACGGCGCGAGAGUGGAUCGGAUGCCGAACGGCGGGCUGAGAAGAAGCAGAGGAGAAAGGAGGAGAAGGAGAGGAAGAUGGCUGAGCGGUUGUCGGCGAAGCAGACCGCCAAGAUCAAAUCUCGCGCGUUUGUGUCGUCAUCCGAUGAUUCUUCGGAUGAUGAUAAAGAUCGGAAGCAGCCGGAGGAAGACGAUGACGAUGAUAGCCCACCGCCGCCGAUUAUUGGUGCUAGUGAUAGUGAUGAUGAUGACGCUGGAGCGGAAGUGAGUCGAAAGAAGAAGAAGAAGGCGGUUGUGGAUUCGGAUGCGUCGGAAAGCGAUGACGAUGAGAAUCCGCCGGUGAUUGGAAAAUCCAGUGAUGAAGAUGAUGAGCCUGGGCCGAGCAAAAAGAAGGCUAGUGAUGAGAGCGAAGAAGAAGAAGAAGAAGAAGAUAAUGAUGAUGACGAUCAGCCUAGCAAGAAGAAAAAGAAGAAGAUGAUGUCGAGCGAUGAGUCAAAUAGCGAUGAUAGCGAUAGUGACUGA